UGUGUUGCAGCUCUCUGGCUGGCAGUCAGGGAGAGGUGACAGGAGGUAAUCCAGCAUGUGAGGCCUCCCUCGGCCCGCUGGAGGCGGGAUCACCCAUUCAGACCUGAUCUGGUAUAAAAGAGGAGAAGUUGAGGAGUAACCCAGGUUCACCUCAGAGCUCCAGGACUAGAGAGAGGACCAGGACUAGAGGACUAGAGGACUAGGAGAGGAUGAAGACCAUGAAGAACGCGCUGGUGUGCCUGGUGCUGCUGCCCCGCUUCCUCAUGGCAGCUCUGCUCUUCUGGCUGCUGGACUUCUUGUGCAUCAGGAAGCGGGUCUUCUUCAGGAUGAAGGAGGAGGAAGAGGAGGAGGACGCCAUCGACCCUCCGCUCUGCAUCUCCGACUCCAACCGGCUCUUCAGCCUGGAGUCCCUGAAGGCGGUCUGGCACGGCCACAAGCUGGACUUCCUGAAGGCGGCGCGGCUGGGACGCGGAGCCCCGAACACGGAGGUGGUCCGGCUGGAGGAGCAGCGGCCGGUCCGGAUCCUGGACUUCUCCCGGGAGCGCAGACCCCUCAUCCUCAACUUCGGCAGCUGCACCUGACCCCCCUUCAUGGCGCGCCUCAAGGCUUUCCAGGGCGUCGUGCAGCACAACGCGGACAUAGCGGACUCCGUGGUGGUCUACAUCGAGGAGGCGCACCCGUCGGACGGCUGGGUGAGCACCGACGCGCCCUACCAGAUCCCCCGGCACCGGGUCCUGGAGGACCGGCUCAGCGCGGCGCAGCUGAUGCGCCUGGAGGCUCCGGGGGUCCCGGUGGUGGUGGACACCAUGGACAACUCCUCCAACGCGGCGUACGGAGCUUAUUUCGACAGACUUUACAUCCUGCAGGAGGGAAAGAUCGUGUACCAGGGGGGCCGCGGACCCGAGGGGUACCGGAUCACGGAGCUCAGAGACUGGCUGGACCACUACCGAGAGACUCUGGAGACUAGACCCAGCAGCCUGGUCCUCCAUGUCUAGAGUCUGCUGCAUAGUGUUCAGUAUUAUAACUCCAGUAGGUAGAUUCUCUCCGUCAUAAUGCUUCAGUGUAUUUAUUUUUGAUAUCAGAGUCAUUUAGACCAUGUGGGACCUCUAGACCGGGUCAGACCUGCUUUAUUCCUCCUACAGAAGUAUUUGAUGUGUCUAAAGUUGAAUGUUCCUCCUCGUGGCGCCGUUAAAGCAGCAGAUUUCUCUCUGAGCUCUUCAGGAUUGAGUGAAGUUCGGUUUUUAAAGGGAAUGAAUCCAGAGAACCGAGCUGAUGUUUUCAUGCUGGAGCUCUCAGAGUCUCUGUCUGCUGCGGCUCUUUUGUAAAUAUUGUUCCGUUUUAUGGAUAUAUUUUUCAUACAAUAAAAUGCUUUGA